AGUACCGGUGCCGGCCACUAGAGGCUCUGUCUCGCUGCCGCUCUGCUCCCGUGUUGUUGUGGUUAGCUGGAUGCUAGUCCACGCUUGCUUCGCUGUAGCCGGCUGUAGCGGUGAUGUCUCUCCCAUGAGGCCGGUGAGCAAACUUGUGUUCUGUGGUUAAACACCGACCGAAGCACCGAGGCCAUGGCCGGGGUUUUCGACAUCGAUUUGGACCAACCGGACGAGAACGUCUCCGACGACGAGCUGGAGGACGGGGCUCAGCUCAGUGAAUACAUGGACCAGUGCAGUAGCUUUGAAUUUAACAUGGAUGACUGUGAGAAGUUUGAAAUUUCAGAGAACAGCGUGAACAAAGGAACAGAGCAGAUCAGGCCUGAAUGCUUUGAGCUGCUGAAAGUUUUGGGAAAAGGUGGCUAUGGAAAGGUGUUUCAAGUUCGGAAGGUAUCAGGUGCCACCUCUGGGAAAAUAUUUGCCAUGAAAGUUUUGAAGAAGGCGAUGAUUGUGCGUAAUGCUAAAGACACAGCGCACACCAAAGCUGAGCGGAACAUUCUGGAGGAGGUGAAGCAUCCGUUCAUUGUAGACCUCAUUUACGCCUUCCAGACUGGGGGAAAGUUGUACCUCAUCCUGGAGUAUCUGAGCGGAGGAGAGCUGUUUAUGCAACUGGAAAGAGAGGGGAUCUUCAUGGAAGACACAGCCUGUUUCUACCUUGCUGAAAUCUCGAUGGCACUGGGUCACCUGCAUCAGAAGGGCAUUAUCUACAGAGACCUGAAGCCUGAGAACAUCAUGCUCAACAACAACGGGCAUGUGAAGUUGACAGACUUUGGUCUAUGCAAAGAGUCCAUCCAUGACGGAACAGUCACCCACACCUUCUGUGGUACUAUUGAAUACAUGGCUCCAGAGAUCCUGAUGAGGAGUGGACAUAACCGGGCAGUGGACUGGUGGAGUCUUGGAGCUCUCAUGUAUGACAUGCUAACAGGCGCACCUCCAUUCACUGGUGAAAACCGAAAGAAGACGAUUGACAAAAUCUUGAAAUGCAAACUCAGCCUUCCACCUUACCUCACACAAGAAGCCAGGGACCUUCUGAAAAAGCUGCUGAAACGAAAUGCCUCAUUACGACUGGGGGCUGGACAAGGAGAUGCUGCUGAGGUUCAGGCUCAUUCAUUCUUCCGACAUAUAAAUUGGGACGACCUCCUUGCUCGCAAAGUAGAGCCUCCCUUUAAACCUUUCCUGCAAUCGGCCGAUGACGUCAGCCAGUUUGACUCCAAGUUCACCAGCCAGACUCCAGUGGAUAGUCCUGACGACUCCACGCUCAGCGAAAGUGCCAAUCAAGUCUUCCUGGGUUUCACAUAUGUAGCCCCAUCUGUGCUUGAGAACGUCAAAGAGAAGUUCUCAUUCGAACCAAAAGUCCGCUCACCACGGAAGUUCCCAGGAAGCCCAAGAACACCUGUGAGUCCGGUGAAAUUUGCAAGAGGUGACUGUUGGCCCAGGGGACCCAAGCUGACAGGCGCCCCAUCCCUGCUGUCCCCGGGCUCUGGAGAGCAACCUAUGGAAGGAGUGGAGCAAAUGGACACAUGCAGCAGCGGAACCUCAGAGGCCUCGGCGCCACUUCCCAUCAGGCACCCUUCAGGCAUCAAUGCAGGGCUGUACAAAAAGCAGGCCUACCCCAUGAACUCCAAGCGGCCCGAACACCUGCGCAUGAAUCUAUGACGCUUGGCUUGCCUGGGAACAUUAGGACUCUUCUAAUUCCUCUCCUCCUCCUCUUUUAUCAUUUUCUUUAAAAGAGACUUGUAGUAUUUUAUUAAGAAAUAUUGACUGACAGUGUCAACGCAGAUCACCAGCUCUUCCAGCUGCGCCUUCUCCUUUCUGGCCUCCAAAAUCCUCCUGACUCAGCAUGGCCUCCUCAGCCUGCCACUGAUGCUCAGCAGUCAACCACAGUAUUGUGGAUUUUAAGUCUACACAUCCCUGUUAAAAGUGCCGACUAAAAACUGCAGUUUUAACAGGCCUGUUUUUCAGACCUUUUCCAUCUUUAAUGUGACCUUUACCCUCUGAAAUUCAAGAGAAAAACAAACCUUUUAGAAGAAUUACCUGGUUGCCUAAAUGUGCGUGACCUCUUAUAAUUAGGAAUAUGGCUGUGUUUAUAAUCAACCAAUCACAUAAAAACGUGGGUUAAAUAGUUAUUACACAGCUAACUCUGAUUAACACUAAAUAAGGUUCAGCAGUUCCCACUGAAUUUUCCCGAUGUCCUAUUUGUAUUCUAUAGUUUAAGUCAGGUUCCACAAAGAGCCUCCAAAGCAUACAUCAUGUUGCCGAAAGAUAUUGAUCAGGAGAGAGACGGGUAUGUAAGAAUCUUUAAGGCAUUAGCUAGAACGUGCUGCACAGAAGAGACGGUUAGCAACAAGAUGUUUGUCCAAAAUUGAUGAGACAGGUAGAGGUCGGUCAGGGAGGCUGCCUACAGCAACGUUAAAGGAUCUGCAGGAAUUUCAUCUAAUAUUCUUCAUUUGCCUGCAGCUUUUUCUCACAGAAAAUAUCAGACCCUGGUUUAAAAAGCAUGUUGAUCUGAUGAGACCAAAGUUUUGACUCAAAAACAAAGCAACACAUCAAAGAACAACAAACCAAGGUUAGACUUGGGCCAGAGCGAUCUGCUUUUGCUCCAACUUCUUUUGUCACAGGAUACUUAUUAGGCUCUUGAAUAGUUUUUUACAGGUUAUAGGUCACAUCUAAGUUUUUUUUAUAUGACUCAACGUUAAACCGUGAUGUGUAGACUCUAUCCACUGUCGAUGUGCAGUCAGUCUGAGGAGUGGUGGAUGAGAGGUGCUUCUCAAAGGAAGUAGAUUUGCUUGUUGGCUGGAUAUUACCAGCUGAUGAACGGUUGUUACAGUGUACUCAGCUGGUGUUUUAUGAUUUACUGGUGCUCUUUUAUCCUCACGUCUGGACCAUGUUACUUUUAGUGUUUGCGACUUGUCGCCUCCAUCACAAUGAGAGAAUUGGGUUACAGGAGGCUUUUAUUUCUCCCUCAACAUGCCAGACUUUUUUUUUGUUUUGUUUCUUUAAUGAUCACCUUGUUCUAAGAACUUGCAGGUUACAUUAUGAGUCGAAGUAGAAAUAUUCCUUAAAGGUUCCACUUGGAACACGGCAUUCCUUUACAUUUGAGGAAAAUAAUCACUUUGCCUUUGUCGCCGGAGCGUGUGGUGAGGUGGGGGGGGGCACGACUUACGGAAAAAGCAGCUAUAAAGAGAUGAGCAGUGAAAUUUCAUACGAAAGCCUCGGUUCACCACAAUCGAUUGUGCUGUCUCGGCUGACUGGAAUGCUUUCUGCAGGAGGCCUGUCCAGAAGCACCAUUCAGUUUCUUUGCGUUGAAUGUAAACAGAGUUGAAAUGCCUUUUUGCGCUUCGUUCCGAUGACCCCUCCGAUGCAGCAUUAUUUUUUACCUCUUUUACUCGUGCAGCCUCAUCGUCUCGUUCAGAGUUAUAGUGACAAAGAAUCAUGUCGACCUGGAACACGCUCCUCCAAAUUGAUAGCCCUGCGUUUCAUUGAUUCAGGCUGCAUUCAUUCAUCCGUCUCAUGUGUUCUGCAUAUGCUUUUAGUGCAUUGACAGUAAUAGGGCUCUCAGUGUUACGGGGAUUAACCCAGAGGCAUCUAAGUAAAAUGUGUUCUAACUGAGAUGUUUGACAUGAAGCUGCAUUUAGAGCCUCUGGAGUCAAAGCCAUUUGAAACUGCAUCUUAAAACAACCACACAGUCGUAUGCAGAUUUCCAUGAUACAUAUGAAUUAAUAUUAAUUGAAUUGAAUAGGUGUUUGAAUGGCUCCCUAAUAUUUCUUUUGAUUCAAAUACUCGUUUUAAAUUGACCAAUUGCACUGUCUCAAGGAACCAAAUCAUUUUUUGCUGAAUGACGACUGUAGAGGACUCACUGAUUCUGCGAGGUUCAAAGAUCAAGCAUUUUUUUUCGUAUCCAACAUUGAAUUCAUUGCUGUUUUGUUUCCCACGUUUUUACUCAGAUAUGUUUUAAUGUGUUUCUGUAAGUUACUUACAUUUUUUUUACGUCGUUGAAGCUUGUGUUAAGUUCAUAUGUUUAUUUAAUGUGUCAGCCUGAGAGGAUCAAUCUUUUUCUUUUUACCAUUCCGGUCAAACCGCAGUCACUCCACUUUUUACUCUGUUUGGUUUCUUUGUUUGUAUUUAUUUGAAGCGCCAUUGUGUCUCCGCUGCAUUGUUCACACUAUGCAAACUAAGUAUUUAUUACGUAGUAUUAUUUAGAUCAGGCAGCAGAAUGUGUGGUCAUUUGAUUUAGCAUUUAUUUCAGAGUAUAAUGAUAAAACACGUGAGAGUAGAGUAUGGUUUUUAUUUCCACACACUUUGUCUUACUUCCAGCAACCUCAGAUGCAGCUUUUUUUAUUCUAUACUCAAGGACGGUGACCUUAAUGUCUUACAAUAUUUAUUGUGUAGUGGAGCAUCAUUCAUUGAAGGUUUUCAAAAACACUUUGAUAUCUAAAACUUUCCUCGUUGAGAACUUGAAAUUUAUUUUGUCUUUUUUUUUUUGCAGUGCUUAAAGUAAGGACAGAUAUCGUGGAUUAAAGAAACUGAUGCAAAAACCAAUGGGGCUGGCAUUGUGCCUUUGCUGACAGAUUCCAGUGUGUAUGUACAGUAUGAUGUUUAUUGUUCAUGUGUGUGGAAAAGUUUGAGGUUGAUCCAUAAAGUUCACUUCCUGUUAGAUCUCUCAAGGAUGUGCAUUUCUUUGCUUCACUAAUAAAUGACUGUCAGGUUAAUGAUUAGUAACUAA